AUGUCGGGCCCAGGCAGUAAACGGUCAGCGGUGGACACCACCUUGGGUCCCCCAGAAAAGAAGGCUGCAGUAGAGGAUUCUGGGACCACAGUAGAGACCAUAAAACUUGGUGGCGUCUCCUCCACGGAGGAACAAGACCUACGUACCCUGCAGGUGAAGAAUAAGAAGUUGGCUGGCAUGCUGGACCAGAGGCAGGCCAUAGAGGAUGAACUUCGAGAUCGCAUCGAAACCCUGGAAAAACGGCAGGCCACAGACGAUGCGUCACUUCUUAUAAUCAACCGUUACUGGAGUCAGUUUGAUGAGAAUAUUCGUAUCCUCUUGGGACGUUAUGAUUUGGACCAGGACUUGGGGGAAUUUCUCGGUGAACGAAAAGCUCUAAUUAUUCCAGAACCAGAACCAGACUCUGACAGUAACUCGGAACGCAAGGACAGUGAGAGAGGUGAAGGGCUUCCGGACCAGCCCCUGUCUUUCCUGGCUACUCUGGCUAGCAGCAGCAGUGAAGAGAUCGAGUCUCAGCUGCAGGAACGUGUGGAGUCAUCACGCCGUGCUAUUGCCCGCAUAGUGGCGGUGUAUGACCGUCUGCACACGCGCCUAGACCAGCUCUCCUCCAAACUGGACAGUACAGAGCCAUCUCAGAUAGAAGAAGCUGUCAAGGAGAUAAACUCUCUGUCGUCUAACGAAAAUGUGCGUUUGCAGGAAGUGUGCAGCCGCUUACAAGAGAAGCACCAAAAUAUGACUCAAGAGUUCACUCAGCUGCAGUCCCGGUUAGAGAAUGCAGAAUCCCGUGUCUCCCACCUGGAUGGCCUCAUUGAAGAUCUGCAGUGGGACAUCGACAAGGUCCGCAAAAGAGAGCAGCGCCUGAACAGACACUUGUCUGAGGUCCUUGAGAGGGUAAGGCACACAGGGUUGUGGUGUUGGUGA